CCCUCUGUCGCCCACGGCGGGGCGGGGUAAUGUGAGAGCCUCGUCUGCUUCCCUCUGCCCCGCUGUUGUCGGCAGCCCUGCCCGCUGUUCAGGCCCCGCUCACAGGGCAACUCAACCAUCUCCUCUGUUGUUUACCGGGAUCAAUGACCUAGCUGCGGAAUUUGCGCUGUUUUGCCAACGCGGAGCCGCUGAAAGUGACGCUUCGCCUGUUGGAAGAGCGGCAGACAUUUCUCGGCAUGCCACUCCACAGUAUCUGGCCCUCGUGUAGGAUGUGUUGUUGGAAUUGAGGACAAGUCAGCACGAUGGGCAACCAAGACACCCUGGAGGAUGUGUUUGUCGCCGUCAUUCGUCCAAAGAAUCAAGUCAGUCUGAGCUCGAAGGAGUACCGAGCUAAAGCCUAUGAGAUCCUGCUGAUAGAAGUGCCUUUGGAAGGGAAGGAGAAGAAAAGGAAGAAAGUCCUGCUGGCAACAAAGAUCCAAUCCGGAGUCGACAAAGCCAGAUCCAUCUUGGAUUAUGUUGAUGAAACGACCAAGCCGAUAUCCAACAACCAAGGCUUCAUAGGGAAGCGCGUGGUGCUCAUGAAGAAAUUCCCCCUGGAUGGAGACAAUGAAGGCAGAGAGGCCUCGCUUUUUGUUGUGCCAGUCAGUGUCAAAGACAACAGCAAACCCAUCUACAGCGCCGGCAGCCCCACUUUCUACUGCUUUCAGGACAUCAUGCGGGUUUGUAGCGAGACCAGCACCCACUUCUGCUCCGUCACCUCCAAGAUGCUCCUGGCUUUAGACAAAUGGCUCGCAGAGCAGCACACCGUGCCUCACGCCAUCCCCGCUUUGUUCCGGCCAGCGCCCGUGGAGCGUGUGAAGACCAACGUCAGCAACCCGGCCUACAGCAGCGAGGGCAAGCUCAGUGACGAGGGUCUGCACAUGGGCUACACCGCCCUGGAGAUCAAGAGCAAGAUGAUGUCACUCGAGAAGGCGGACAUGUGUAUCCUCAACCCGCUGUACGGCUCCGACCUGCAGUACACCAACCGGGUGGAUAAAGUUAUAAUCAACCCUUACUUUGGGCUUGGAGCUCCGGACUAUUCCAAGAUCCAGAUUCCCAAAAGGGAGAAGUGGCAACACGGUCCCAACAGUGUGACAGAAGACAAGGAGCGCCAGUGGGUGGAUGACUUCCCACUGCACCGCAGCGCCUGUGAGGGAGACACCGAGCUGCUCUCCAAGCUUCUGGACAGCGGCUUCUCAGUCAAGCAGCUGGACAGCGACCACUGGGCUCCCAUUCACUAUGCCUGCUGGCAUGGUAAAGUUGAAGCCACCAAGCUGUUGCUGGAGAAAGGAAACUGUAAUCCCAAUCUGCUCAACGGCCAGCUCAGCUCUCCGCUGCACUUUGCUGCCAGAGGAGGCCACUCAGAGAUUGUGCAACUCCUGCUGCAGCACCCAGAGAUCGACCGGCACAUCGAGGACCAGCAGAAGCGUUCGCCUCUCCAGGUGUGUGAGGAGAACAAGCAGAACGAAUGGGAGGAGACGGUGAAGCUCCUGCAGCAAGCCAGCACCAAACCUUAUGAGAAGGUGCGUAUCUACCGCAUGGACGGCUCGUACCGCUCGGUGGAGCUGAAGCACGGCAACAACACGACGGUGCAGCAGAUCAUGGAGGGCAUGCGUCUCUCUCAGGAGACCCAGCAGUACUUCACCAUCUGGAUCUGCUCCGAGAACCUCAACCUGCAGCUGAAGCCCUACCACAAGCCGCUGCAGCACCUGCGCAUCUGGACGGAGAUCGUGACGGACCUGACGGUGCUGGACCCGCAGAGGGAAAACCCGCAGCUCUUCCUGCGGAGAGACGUCCGGCUGCCUCUCGAAGUCGAGAAGAAGGUGGAGGACCCACUGUCCAUCCUCAUCCUGUUUGACGAGGCACGUCACUGUCUCCUCAAGGGCUUCUUCCCCUCUCCGGACAGCAAGCUGAUCACACUGGCCAGCCUCCUGCUGCAGAUCAUCUACGGCAACUAUGAGAGCAAGAAGCACAAGCAAGGAUUCCUCAAUGAGGAAAACCUUAAAUCUAUUGUGCCGAUAUCCAAAGUGAAAAGCAAAGCAUAUCACUGGACCAACAGGAUACUUCACGAAUACAAGGCCCUGAGCACCAGUGAGGGCGUGAGCAAAGAGAUGCACCACCUGCAGAGACUCUUCCUGCAGAACUGCUGGGACAUCCCCACCUACGGAGCAGCUUUCUUCACCGGCCAGGUGUACACCAAGGCCAGCGCCAGCAACCACAAAGUCAUCCGUGUUUAUGUGGGGGUCAACACCAAGGGGCUGCACCUCAUGAACAUGGAAACCAAGGUCCUCCUCAUCAGUUUGGAGUACGGCACGUUCAUGUGGCAGCUUGGACACGCCGACCAGUACUUCCAGAUACACAGUGUAGAAAACAAAAUGAACUUCAUUGUGCACACAAAACAGGCUGGCCUUAUUGUGAAGCUUUUAAUGAAGCUAAGUGGACAGAUGACUGCGAGUGAUAAGGGCUUAUCAGACAAGUAUGCUUACGGUUAAAACACAAAAAAAAACCCAAAAAUCUAUCGACGACAAGCCGGCGACCAAGUUCCCUGAGAGCAAGGUCUGCGCCUCACCAAAGUGCAUCAUUUUGUAUUUUGCAGAGCCCCACCGAUAUACCCUUUCACAUUGUGUAUUUUGAUUACUCUCCUAUUUUCAGUGCAUGUAAAUAUGUUUAUUUAAUAUUUCAUUUUAAUAAACUGAAGGAUGUACAUAU